CCCGGAAGGUCUGAAGUAACUCCGACUGAAGGCAAGAAAAAAUAACCUUUUAUCAAAUAUAAUAAAAUCUACAAUCGAGGUGUCAGAAUGGCUGAACCUCGUUUUAACAAUCCCUACUUCUGGCCUCCACCCCCCACCAUGCCUGGGCAGAUGGACAAUAUUGUGUUGAUCAACAAGAUCAAGGAACAGCUGAUGGCUGAGAAGAUCAGACCACCCCACCUGCCGCCUUCCACAGUUCCCUCCCAACAGCAACUACUGGGGAAUCCUACACAGACAGAAGGUGGGCAGCAAGUCCAGAUGUCAGUUCAGAAACUGCAGCAGAUGCAACAAGGUCUCCAUGUCCACAGCUCGUCCCAGCCAGACAUUGCCCUGCACCCCCGGACGGCCUCCAGCUCAGUCGCAGGACGUAUUCUUGGUGAUGUAAAUUUGAAUCUGGACGAUAAGACGGCUAUAAAAGCAAGAGGAUUGUGGGAAGACUGGCAUUUGCGUCAAAUCAUUGACCAACCCUCUAGAACGAAUCACCUAUCAGGUCUGGCACUUUCCUCUCAAACUGGCAACCAUAACACCUCCAUCACUCUGACCACACCCACCUCCAACAGCCAGAGCCGGCUAGGCGGAGCCCUCUCGCCUCAUCAUGUCCUCUCCAGCUUGGCCAGUGGCCCUUGGAUGGAGCAAAUCAAAAGUAACGGGGGCCUUGCUGGACUGCUGGGACGAGGGCGUAAGAAGAUAAAAGCCGAGGACAGUGGUGGCCCUCUGUUGGUGCCUUACCCAAUCCUCGCUUCAGGCAACGACCAAUCCUUCCACACCAUCAUCCCCAAAGAGGGCAAAUGCUACAGGUGUAAAUUGUGCCCACUGACCUUCUUCUCCAAGUCAGACAUGCAGAUCCACUCCAAGUCCCACACAGAGGUCAAGCCACACAAGUGUCCCCACUGCUCCAAAUCUUUCGCCAACACAUCCUACCUGGCCCAGCACCUCCGCAUACACCUGGGCGUCAAACCUUAUUACUGCUCCUACUGCGAGAAAUGCUUCUGCCAGCUCUCCCACCUGCAGCAGCACACCAGAAUUCACACUGGGGAUCGGCCCUAUAAAUGUGCCCAUCCAGGUUGUGAAAAAGCCUUCACCCAGCUCUCCAAUCUGCAGUCUCACCAGAGACAACACAACAAAGACAAGCCCUACAAGUGUCCAAACUGCUACCGUGCCUACUCGGACUCAGCCUCAUUGCAGAUUCACUUGUCUGUGCAUGCCAUCAAAAACGCCAAGGCCUACUGCUGCAGCAUGUGUGGCAGAGCCUACACCUCAGAGACCUACCUUAUGAAGCACAUGUCUAAACACAUGGUGGUGGAGCACCUGGUGAGCCAUCACUCUCCACAGAGGACAGAGUCUCCCAAUAUCCCCAUACGGAUCUCCCUCAUCUGAGCAAUUCACCCUGACACCCUACCCCUGACCCUCAUGGAGGAACCCCCUGUAAGGUCACCCCUCCACUUAAGCGUAAUCAAUCCUAGAUAUUGGCUUUUACUUGUUUGUUUUCCCCUAUGCGGGUUCCAAAAAUGUUCCAGGCUGUAUUUGUACCUUAUCAAAAGAUGCCAGACUCUUUUUAUUUAUUUUUUGUAUUUUGUCAUCUGUGGUUGGGGAAUGUUUUGGACAUCCAAAAAUGAUUUUACAGCACUUUCAGGCCUCAUGGUAGAGUAAAAACCUUUUUGGCCUAUGCUAAGACGAUAAAAAGCAUUGCUCCAGGCAGCUAAAAACAUUUACCCUAGGUGUUAUAAAGCAUUACAUGACCACUUUUUAUAUUGUUAUUCUCCCUUUACUCUUUGCAAAAGUAUAUUUGCAUUGGGAACUUUGUCUUCCUUUUAGUUAGGCCAAGAAGAUGAAUAGCUAAAUUAUUUAUUCAAGCAAUUUUUUGUACCACUCCUAAUGUCAAUGUUUGCAUCAUUUUGUUACUUAAAAAGAAAAUAUUCUCAAGUAAGCUUUAUCACAUUUAAGUAUGUCUUUUAGACAACAAUGCACACAAAAUACUUUCCAAUUGGAGGGUCAAUACCUAUGUUUUAUUGUUGUAUUUUUCAUCUUGUUAUUGUCCAUAGUAUUAAAAAGGAAACUGUUCAAGGCUAUCCUGAAGAGCACGAAAAUAUAUAUUUUGAAUCUGAUGCUGGUAUUUGUAGAAACUUAAAUGUUUUGGUUUGCUGAAUUGAUAAGCACUGCCAUGUAUUGAAGAAAUGAAACGGUCCAUUAUGGAACUGACAUACAGUGCAUUCGGAAAGUAUUCAGACCCCUUCCCCUUCUCCACAUUUUGUUACGUUAC